AUGUCGCAACAAGCCAUCUCAGCGAAGAAACAGCAAGAGCUGCAAGUCCAAUACUCCAACUACAAGGAAACGCUCCAAGCAGUCGCGCAGAAAAUCGGCGACGUCGAACAGGAAGCCGAGGAGCACAAACUUGUCUUAGAGACACUCACGCCUCUUCCUGGUGAUCGCAAAUGCUUCCGGAUGAUCAAUGGCGUUCUUACUGAAAGGACGGUCAGCGAUAUCUUGCCGACUUUGCAGACGAAUGCGGGUGGCUUGAAGAAGGUCCUGGAGGAUCUCGUCAAGCAAUAUCAGAAUAAGCAGACCGAGAUGGAGAAGUGGAAGAAGAAGAACAAUAUCCAAGUGGUUCAGCAGUAG